AUGCAAAAUACACGACAAACCACACUUGACUUUUCAAAAGCAUCCUCAGUGAAAAAGCAAAAACAGUCAUCACCACCACCAACAUCACAUGAAAACCGUGACCGAGAAGCCGUUCAUCGUGACUUUCAAAAUGUAUUGGACCGAAUACAAGAUGCGAUAUCGGAUACAGCUGUAAAUGACGAAGACGAUGAAGAGGUGUGUAUCAUGUCUCAACAUGAUCCAAAUAACGACGACGACAACAACAGCAAGCGUCCUUCUUCCUAUCUCACAAUGAUACCCAAUCAAACCAUCCAUGAUGAUGACGAUCAAGCACCCAGAAUUCGACCACGUGAGACGACCCAUCAUCAACCCAAAAUGAGCGAUGUUGUACAACGAUUUCGACAAAACAUGAAAUCAACAUCAUCACCACCCACCAUCUCUCUUUUGAAUGAUCCCAAUGUCUCUGUAAAGGAAGCAGAACAACGCAUGCUGGAACGUAUUCGAAUGAAAAAGCGUAAAAAGAAUGAUAAUCAAGUUUAA